UUAAUAUAUUUUUUGGAUUAUGAUAUCAUGAUGUCAUUAAUGUCACCUGUUAUAAUCUUAUUCUAUUAUUUAUUUUAAAUUUAGCGAUGUUACAAAAAAUAUUAAUUUAAUUGAACAAAAUAAAUUUUGAGUAUAAAGGGGAAACAAAAAAUGCACGUUAGCAGGACUUAUUUGCAUAUGGACAUUUCUAAGUUCUUCUUUGUGUUAUCACUUUCUUUUUUCCCCCCUCAGAUCUGUAAUGAGGAGGUUCUGGUGAAGUCGCCUAUAGAGGUUUUUGAUAAAGGCAUUCAACAGUGGAAGUACUCAUUGGUUGGUCAAUCUAUUGGGAAUGAUCCCAAUUUUGGUGCUACGCAGAAGAUCAUCAACACUCUUUGGUAUAAGUAUGGUGAGAUUUCUGUUCAUCUUGCUGGGAAUAGUUUGUAUAUUUUUCAAUUUUCUUCUUCUGUGGCAUGUGGUUGGGUUCUUGAACAUGGACCUUGGCAUAUUCAGAAUAAACCUCUUAUUCUUCGUCUAUGGGAGUCGAAUCUUAAGAAAUUAGAGUUCAGUCUUGAUUAUAUGGCUGCCUGUAUUCAUCUUUCGGGUGUUCCUCUUGAGCUUUACACUCGUUUAGGGCUUAGUUAUAUUGCAAGCGCUAUUGGAAAUCCUUUGUACAUGGAUAGAAUAACUGCUGACCGUAUGCGCCUUUCUUAUGCAAAGCUUUGCAUUGAGGUAUCUACUACGGUGGUUAUUCCUCGUUUUGUCAAUGUUGAGUUGUUAGAUGGUUCAAUUGUGUCCAUUGUUGUUUCUGUGCCUUGGCUUCCAACUCAUUGUACAGAUUGUUAUUCCUUUGAUUAUUCUGUAAGGUUUGUCCUAAAAAGGCUUCCAUUCUUGCAAAAGUAUGGAAGCCUAAGCAAUCUAGUUCUGUAGGUGCAACUGUUGCCAUUACUAAGCCAGAUAAAAGUUGUAUUGCUUCCUCCGUUUAGUCUGGCAUUGAAAUAGGAAAGUUGUACUUGUUUCUUCUUCUCCCCCAAAGAAACAUGUUCAAUUUGCAAGUUCUAGUAACAGAUUUGAAAUUCUCAAUGAUGAUCUACCUGAGCUGCCUUGUGAUUAAGCCUUUAAAAGGUAAAAAGAAA